ACUCUGGAACGACCCAGAACGGGAGGGACACAACUUUCAACAAAAGGGGAGGAACUAUCAACAGCCGGGUACAUCGGUGGAUGGAUCACAGGGAGGUAAUCCGAACAGCAGAAAACCCCAUCGCACCAACUGACCAACUACAUGGCUGACUGACACCGGAAGUGACAAAAGCAACAUGCAAGAAUGCUCGAAACUGAACACCCAGGACGGUCAGCCUGAUAUCAUCACCUCCGCCAACCACAAACAGUUGGUACUGUCCUCAUACAACCGGACGGAAGGAACAGAGAUCACACUGUCCUGUUACUCUCCCUAUGUCCUUCAUGGUCAAUCAAAGGUCACGUGCCAGUCGGACGGAACCUGGAAUGUGGACACCAUUCCCUUACUGCGGAGCCAAGACUCCGUCUGACGAGGGUAUGACGGAUGAAACUAAGAUUCUGAUUGGUGUGUUGGUCGGCGCGGGUGCGUUCGUCGUCAUGGUGCUUUUAUGCAUUGUAUGCAUUGUUCAGGGAACGGCAAAGUCUCGUCGCCAAAAAAGGGCGGCAAACAAAGGUUUAUACGGAAACAAAGGUAACCCUGCUGGAGAGAUUUCCUACGUUCUCCCUCCGCGUUCUGGUGCCCCUCAGUCGUACAGAGACGAUAGCUUGUACAGGAAUGAUACACAAUACAGGGGAGAUAAUCCAUAUAGAGGAAGCGAAACACCUUCCCGACGUGAUGAACCUCUCACCGAUAAGUACGACAACCGCUACAGGCCUCGAAGUACCAGCGUCGACGUAGCUUACAGUCGUCCUGUAGAUCCCCGUCAACAAAAAGCCCAGUCCGUCACGGGAUCACUGACGAGGGGCUUUCGCGGGGCCGAGAUGUUUUAUAUAUACAAAGGGGACCCAGAACGGUACCGGAAGCAGGGCCGCCGUGCCGACGAACGUGAGAGACCCGUAAGCGAGAUAAACUACCGAACUGAUAAAGCCUUCAGUGACUACGUUGGGAACUUGAGGGGUCCGCCACCCCGGGGAGGGGUGUCUGGCUCAGAGAGAUCGGCCCCUGUGACUCGACCUCACAGAAAAAACUCUGAUCUGGUAGCGGGGGAGUGGCCUUCCCGUACAGAACCAAGAGAUCUCGAAGAGUUUAACACGAGAGCUCUUUUUCACGGUCGUGAUCCAUUCCUGUGGCGUCCUGUGGAUACGAAUUGGGGAUUCCACCUGAAUAGACAAGAUAUAUAGACUGAGACGUAAAUACAAUGAAACGAAAAUAAUACCAGAAGAACUUUGCUAUAAAUCUGGCAUAACUUAUGGAGAUCUUUAAAUUUGUGCAAAACAAAACCGUGCCAAAAGAAACAAAGGAUAAAUAGAAGAACAUAGAAUAGCCAGAAAACAAAGGAUUUCCAGAAACAACGGAACGCUAGAAAACAAAAGAUAUCUAGAAAUCAAAGCUAUCCAGAAAACAAUGUAUAGCAAGAAAACGAAGGAUAUUCAGAAAAAAAGGUCAUCCAGAAAACAAAGAAUAGCCAGAAUACGAUUCUAGUACAGGAAAAUGUUCUCUGAAAUGGAGCUUCCAUACGAAUUAAUGAAUUGGUUUCGGUUAGAGGCUAUUUAUACCUAUUCUGGCCUCAUUGUUAAACAAACCUCGAUUUCAUUGAAAAAUUCAUUGGGAAGUUGGUUUCAGAGGAAGGAAAACUGCUCGCGUCUGUGUUGACAACGUUUGAGUCAUGGAACUGGAGAAAACUAGUCAUAAAUAUGUCACUAUUCUAGUCUACAUGCCCGGAUAUAACAUGUGCGCAUUACUUAGAGAAACAACUGAAGCAAUUAUGACCAGAUGUCAACUUUUAGUGAACGUACUGUGCAUGAACUGACGGUGAAAAAGUUUGAAUCGCGGAGGAAUAUAUCCUUAUAGUGAAACAGUUCGCAUCGCGGAGGAAUAUAUCCUUAUAGUGAAACAGUUCGCAUCGCGGAGGAACAAAUCUUUAUAGUGAAACAGUUCGCAUCGCGGAUGAAUAUAUCCUUAUCGUGAAACUGUUCGCAUCGCGGAGGAACAUAUCCUUAUAGUGAAACAGUUCGCAUCGCGGAGGAACAUAUCCCUAUCUUGAAACUGUUCGCAUCGUGGAUGAUAUACCCCUAUAGUGAACAGUUCGCUUGCGGAAGAAUAUAUCAUUAUACGUAACAUGCUCUGUGACUACCUCAGGUCUACUUCCAGCACUGCUUUAUCGUACGAUUAAUGCGUGUGUAAUUAUGAAAAGUAGUAUUAUAAUAUAUAUGUAUUAUAUUCAUAUAUCACCCUGGUACCAAGUAUAUAUAUUUGGUAUAUAUUACAUUUGUUACAUAUAUAUAUAUAUAUAAUACGUUUUCUGUGGGACCCGAUAAAUAUCCUAAAAUACAAUACUGUUUUUACAUGUUCAUGCAUAUGUAUGUAUCAAAUGGAAAUAUAAGUAUGAUAUAUAAUUUGUAAACAUUAAAAGAAAAUAAAAAAUGACUUUUCCGUAGAUUGCAUUAUGGCAUAAGUCUUGGGCUA